AUGACGUCGCUCUAUAUCUCCGUUGGGAUCCGAGGCAAGGUAGAUGAGAUUCUGAGAGAGAUGGAGGAGAACAACGUUGAGCUUGAUAGCCUUGAGAUGGCGAAGGCUUAUCUAAGAGUUGGUUCCAAGAGAGAAGCGAGAGAGAUGCUUGUUAAAGCUGAGGAGCUGAAUGAUCCCAAGGAGCUCAUGAGGCUAUACGGUGAAGCAGGAGACAAUGGAGAUGUUUACCGUAUGUGGAAUCUAUACAAGAAGACAAGAGGGGAAGACAAUGAUGGGUUCUUAGCUUUGUUUGCGUCUCUCUUAAAUCUUGAUGGUAUCAACGGAGCAGCGUUGAUGUACUACAAAGAGUACGAGUGGUCUGGUCUUGAGUUUGAUGUCCGGAUCCCAACUAUGUUGGUGUCUGGUUUCCGCAAACACGGUAUGGUGAAACAAGCUGAUGUACUAAUGAACAAGACUUUAAGGAACAUAAGAUCUGGUAAUAAACCAAUCACUCCGUUGCUAGAAGAGUGUGGGAAGCCUUCAGAGUUGAGAGACCUCAUCAAGAACCUUCAAGAUUCAAAUAAGUUUACCAAAGCACGUGAGGCAUCUUCAUGGUUUUGUGAUCAAAAGAUGAUUAAUCUUUUUCCGGAAGAUUAUGCAAAUAGGCUUGAUCUUACUGAGAAAGUGUUGGGUUUGAAAGAAGCAUAUAAGUUUUUUGAAACAAGCAUCCCUGAGACUAUGAAGGGCUACUCUUUCUGCACUACACUCUUGAACAUGUACACUAUAUCUCACCAAGAUGUUGGUGAAGCUGAAGCUAUCUUUGAGAAGAUGGGAGAGCUAGGUUUCCUCUCCAAGCUUUCACCGUUUAUAUUGGAGAAAAGAUCUCACAUCUAA